UUUUCAUUUCCAGUUGUUCUAAUUGGCGAUUCUGGUGUCGGCAAAAGUAAUUUACUUUCACGUUUCACGCGCAAUGAAUUCAAUUUGGAAUCGAAAUCAACGAUUGGCGUGGAGUUCGCCACACGUAGCAUAGAGGUUGAUGGUAAAACAAUUAAAGCCCAGAUCUGGGACACAGCUGGCCAGGAGCGUUAUCGUGCUAUUACAUCAGCCUAUUAUCGUGGAGCUGUUGGUGCUUUGCUUGUCUACGACAUUGCAAAACAUUUGACAUAUGAAAAUGUUGAGAGAUGGUUGCGGGAGUUGCGCGAUCAUGCCGAUCAGAAUAUUGUCAUUAUGUUGGUGGGUAACAAGUCCGAUUUGAGACAUUUGCGGUCAGUACCAACGGAUGAGGCUAAACUGUUUGCCGAACGUAAUGGCCUAAGUUUCAUUGAAACUUCAGCGUUAGAUUCUACUAAUGUUGAAACUGCAUUCCAGAAUAUACUCACAGAAAUCUACCGUAUUGUUUCCCAGCAAAUACGUGAUCCACCAGAGGGUGAUGUUAUUCGUCCUGGCAAUGAUGUACCCAUUGAUAUUAAGCCGACUGUUACUAAUGAUGUACGCAAACAAUGCUGUCAGUGACCGCCUUAUAGCUGCCCCUCAAUCCUAAAACAACAACCACAACAACUAUUACACCUUUAUUCAAGAACACGCUAAAAGCCCAUGUUAUGGUUUUCUUCCUUUCUUCUUGAUUUCUUUACCUUUUUUGUGUACCAUUCUAUUCUUUUUUUCCAUUUCUAUUCUUUAAGAAGCGUUAUUUAAUUAGUGAAAAAAACAGUUCAAUUACACAACAACAACAAAAAACAAGAAAUUAUUAUUAUUAUUCGUAUUAUAAUUAUUGGAAAGAAAUAAAGCAGCAAUUUCCAUCGUGUUUGCUUUUAAAUGUCCACAUCAUUGAACAACAACAAUAACAAAAAAGCAAAAAACGAACUUCUUAAUUAUUAGCUUCAUUCCAUGUUAGCCAUGAGUUUUUCUAUUGUUUCCUUUAGCUCUCUUCUUUGCCAAGUCCUUGGAAUAUUUUCACUUUUUUCCUCCCUUCGUUUGCAACUCGCAUUCAUACGAAAACACACACACGCAAAUUGUCCAUUUGAAAUGAAGGAAAAAGAA